AUGUCGAAAAAGAAAAGCCACGCGCCCGGGAAACCCCAGGAUUCCGGUGCUGGCCAGGCCGCCAAUUUUAAAAAGGAUCUGCGCAAGGACAUGCGAGUGAUGUUCGAGAAAUCACAGCGGGUUGACAAGGACGCCAUUCUGAACAAGUACCUUGCGCUGUAUCCCGACCGAGCGGACUACAUUCACACUGUGGUGGACAAUUAUACGAUCUCGCUGGAGACACGGAAAGGACCCGCAAAACCAUCGCCCGCCGGCGCCGCGUUACCCCCGAAGGAAACCCCGAAGGCCCCCCAAAGCGGCCGGGAUACUGGGGCCUCGUCGGCGGCGUUGUCUACAGAGGCAUCGCCGCCGCCCAAACCCAGAUGGCACCCCACCUGGAAAUCCACUUCGCAACCAAAGCCCGCUUCCACGGCGAAAUUCGAGCCCGUCAUCGAAUCGGAGCCGAAGAAACCAAUCAACGCGGUGCUCCAAGACUUCCAAAACGAGUAUCUGGAUGGCCAUCAGAAUGGCUCCACUAAACCGACCGGCUUCUCCCCCGGCUUCUCUUUCAUGCCGACUCUCGAGAGCCAAAUGCAAUUCCUGACUCUAGGCGGCCAAGAUGAGCAUUCAGCGAGCAGCUCGUCCCAGGAUCCACAGGAGGCGGUGCUCGUCUCGCCGUCCAUGGAGCGCGCCGGACAGAAAAUGCCCUCGCAGUUCGCCCUGUUGGGUCAGCUUCGCACGCGACAACCGGUGUCAGACCCUCGCGUGAUGCUCAACACCAACAUUCCUUUCUCCGCGUUCAUCUGUGGACUCCAGGGAAGCGGUAAAUCGCAUACCACGUCCUGUAUGAUCGAAAACUGCUCCCUCUCGUUCCCCGCGCUGGGAAACCUGAAGAAACCGCUGUCCACCCUGGUGUUGCAGUACAACGAGUACAGCUCCAAUCUAAGCUCGCAGCCUAGUGAAACCGCAUUCCUGUCCUCCAUCAUCCCUCAGUACAUGUCGUUUCAGAAGCCCAUUCCCGUCAGGGUCCUCGUUUCGCCCUCAAACUUCCACAACCUGCAGCGCAUGUAUUCCCAGAUUCCCAAUGUCGAGGUUCGGCCCUUCCGCCUGAAGCCACACCACCUGAGCACCAGCAUGAUGCUGUCCUUGAUGUCUAUGGGAAAGAACGACUCGAUGCCCCUGUACAUGGGCCAGCUGACCAAGAUCCUGCGUGAAAUGGCCAUGGAGAACAAGGGAAGUUUCGAUUAUCUCGACUUUCGCAAACGUUUGUCUGCGCUGCGUCUGGACCGCACUCAGACACCUUUCUUGGAACAGAGGUUGGGAUUGCUGGACUCGUAUCUCGACCUCGAAGGGAAAUCGACUGAGGACUACUUCGUCGAAGGGGGCGUCACCAUCCUGGAUCUGUCCUGCCCGUUCAUGGAUCAGAGCACCACUUGCAUCUUGUUCCGCAUCGCCAUCGACCUCUUCCUUCACGCGCACCAUUCCCGCGGCAAGAUGGUUGUUGCCGAUGAAGCACACAAGUAUAUGACGGAAACUCCCGCAGCCAAAGAACUGACCGAAACCUUUCUCAACAUCAUCCGGCAGCAGCGCCAUCUCGGCGUGCGCAUCAUCAUCUCCACCCAAGAACCCACCAUCUCGCCUCGUCUCAUCGACCUCUGCUCCAUCACCAUCAUCCACCGGUUCUCUAGCCCGCAAUGGUUCAAGACCAUCAAGAACCACGUGACCUUUGACAAUGCGGACGGCACCGCCUCCGACGACCGCGACGGUCUGCACCAGAUCUCGAGCCUGCACACCGGCGAGGCAUUGGUCUUCGCGCCGUCUGCGUACCUAUUGUAUGAUAACCAGUCGCCGAUCAAUACCCGCCAUACGACGUUCAAGAUGAUGGUCCGGAAGCGGGUCACCUGGGAUGGAGGCCGGACGAUUGUGUGCGUUCGCUAG